GAACAGCAGCAUGUGAGCAGAGCAGCGGGGAGCUGUCAGUGUCAGGGGGCUCCUAGUGCAGCAGAGACAGUGGCGCGGCUCUUAGUGCGCUCCCAGCCGGCUUUCUGUCUGCACGCAUAUGUAUUGGUACUUGGGAGGUUUUUGCGUUUCCCACUUUUUAACUAGGGUUUUUUUCAGUGAAUUGAUCGCACUAUAGUUGAAUUGUAGUUUUGCUAGGUAUCCGAGUAUAGGUUUUGGUACUUUUUACUUGUUGAAUAUUUCCAAAGGGGAGCGGCAGACUGCAGCUGAUUUAUUUAUUUUUGUGCAAACACUAGUUGCAGGUGUACUCCCGUUUAAAUCUCUUAUUGUGUGUAUUUUUACAGACUUAGUGUCAGUAGUUGCAAAAGCCGGCGAGUGUAUUUCUGCUAUAUUUCUCAAGGCUGAUCUGCGCACUUUAAGGGAUCUGUAACUUAUUUAAGUAAAAGACAGACAGGUUGCUCGUCAGUGCACCGAGUACCUUAUUUAGGUAACCUAAAGUAAAGGACAGUCCGACACUCCUGCUCCGGACCUGCUGUCCCUCCCCCUCGCCACAACCGUUACCAUGAUCCACAUCCUCGGGGAGUUCUUCGUGGUCAUCCUGAAGGUGCUCUGGGCUUUCGUGCUGGCCGGGCUGCGCUGGCUCAUCCGGCCGAAGGAGAAGAGCGUGGCCGGCCAGGUGUGCGUGAUCACGGGCGCCGGCGGUGGCCUCGGUCGCCUUUUCGCCCGGGAGUUUGCCCGGCGCCGGGCGGUGCUGGUGCUCUGGGACAUCAACAGCCAGAGCAACGAAGAGACUGCCGAGAUGGUGCGGCAGAUCUACCGUGAGCUGGACAGCCCCCGACCCAAAGACGGAGCAGUGGGGGGUAUCGAGGAGGUGCCCGCAUUCCAGCCUCAGGUGUACACCUACGUGUGCGACGUGGGCAAGCGCGAGAGCGUCUACUCCACGGCGGAGCGUGUGCGGCGCGAGGUGGGCGACAUCGACCUGCUGAUCAAUAAUGCUGGAGUGGUGUCUGGCCACCACCUGCUGGAAUGCCCCGACGAGCUCAUCGAGAGGACCAUGAUGGUCAACUGCCACGCCCACUUCUGGACCACCAAGGCGUUCCUGCCCAAGAUGCUGGAGAUGAACCACGGGCAUAUCGUCACGGUCGCCAGCUCCCUCGGCUUGUUCAGCACAGCUGGCGUGGAGGAUUACUGCGCCAGUAAGUUCGGUGCGAUCGGAUUUCACGAGUCCCUCAGCCACGAGCUGAAGGCUGCAGAGAAGGACGGGAUCAAGAUGACGCUGGUCUGUCCCUACCUGGUCGACACCGGAAUGUUCCGAGGCUGUAGGAUCAGGAAGGAGAUCGAGCCGUUCCUGCCCCCACUGAAGCCAGAGUACUGCGUGAAGCAGGCCAUGAGGGCCAUCCUGACAGACCAGCCCAUGAUCUGCACGCCUCGCAUCGUCUACAUGGUGAACUUCAUGAAGAGCAUCCUCCCCUUCGAAGCCAUCGUCUGCAUGUACCGGUUUCUCGGUGCGGACAAGUGCAUGUAUCCCUUCCUGGCUCAGCGGAAGGAGGCCAUGAACAACAAUGAAGCGAAGAAUGGCAUCUAGGGGGGGGGGGGGCGCUGUUCCUGCGGGUGUCCAUUUCCUGUAAUAAAGAGGAUAAGACCACUGAAGGGCUCCGGGAUAGAGACUGCCGCCCGCCUGCUGCACUUGCAUUGUGCAAAUGCAAAGGUCCAACAUAUUGUUCCUCUGGAACAACGAAAGCUGUGCGCUACACUAAGGAUUUAUUUGUUCUCUUUAAGGUUUGUUUAAAGAAACCAACUGUCUAUAUACUGUCAAUAGUUUUGAAAUCAUACAAGGUAUUCAGUAAUUAACUACUUCCGUAACGUAGCCUCCGGUAUCACUUAGCAUUUGGGGAUAUACAGUAUGUUACUGUGUGAAGAGCGAGUCUCGCCACUUUGAUGUAGAAAUGCACUGUAACUGCACCUCCCACACUGCCGGCUGCCUCCGUAGUGCAGGACUGCAUCAGCAGUCCACUGCACCGCUUCCGUGCAGUGGCGACGGAGCCCAUAUCAGACUCCACAAGGGGGUGGGGGUGUCCAUCUCAAAUACAGUGUCUUGGAUCCCAGUCCUGAAAUAAGGCAUCGAACUGAUUCGACCGCUAACUGCUGUCAGAUCAAGUCGCAAUACUUUCCCCCCCCCCACCCCGGGGAGGUCAAAGGUCAAUGCUCUGCGGCCGUACAGCUGAAAUUUAAACAGUCGCUAAGUGAAUAACUGCGGCUGUGCUGUCGUACCUCUCACCUGCCUCAUCUCUUCCCAUUUAAAAAAAUAUAUAUUUUUUUUUUUUUUCACACACGCACACAGACACACCAAUAAACUGGUUAGAAAGUUUACCUGAAUGGUUGGGCUCAGCAGUGGGCAUUAACUGGUUAACCAGAGUUCCCGAUACACCCUUACUGUGGUGUACAUCCACGCAUUGGUAUGUCCGGCCCGAGUCAUGGAGAAGCAUUUUAUCGAUGCAUUAAGUUGUCAGGCCAGGAGGGAGGUUAAUACUUCACUAUGGUGAUUAAUGACUGCCCAAAGGGGGGGAGGGGGGUGCGGGUAAACAUUUUGGUUCACUUAAAACGUCAUUUUCAGAGGGACAAAUCUGAAUUAACUACAUUCCGAUAGGGUUUUUUAAUUGACUGUUAUCAGCCUAAAACUUCUACCUCUAAUUGUAUGCCAUUUGUUGACAAUUAUGACGAACCUUCUUUUGUAAUUUUCUUUAAAGACUGCUCAUUAGAGGAGCAAUUUUUAUGUGGUUAUGAUGUUUAGUGUCUGUACCUAACUUAAAUUAAUAAAAUGAUUUUAGAUUAUUA